CGCCAAGCAUAUGCUCUUUGAUAUUCUACUAAUCUUUUGCCAAUAAAACCAAUUCAUCUACCAUUUCUUCUCCUUCAUUACCGAGCUCUCUUUUACUAUUCCAAAAUCUUCACUGCCAUUCAAUUUUCUGGGUCAGUUGGAAUUCGGACAGGCUACUCAAAAAUGAAGUUUGGGAAGAGAUUGAAGCAGCAAAUUCAGGAAACGUUACCAGCUUGGCGGGACAAAUUUUUGACUUACAAAGAGUUGAAGAAGCUUGUCAGAUUGAUCUCUUCGGCUCCGCCGGCGUCCCUGGAGUAUGGAAAGGCAGAGGCUGAAUUUUUGUACUUGUUGAACAAUGAGAUCGACAAGUUUAAUACCUUUUUCAUGGAAAAAGAGGAGGACUUCAUCAUCAAGCAUAAGGGUCUAUGGAUUCAGGAAUUGCAACAGAGGAUUAAGAGAGUGAUAGAUACAUGGGGCCCUAAUGGAAGUAGGCCUUCAGAAGCAGAGUAUAAAGAUGAAAUGGCGAAAGUUAGAAAACACAUUGUCAAUUUCCAUGGCGAAAUGGUCCUGUUAGAGAAUUACAGCAAUAUCAAUUACACAGGUUUGGCAAAGAUAUUGAAGAAAUAUGACAAGCGAACAGGUGGAUUAUUGCGCUUGCCCUUUAUCCAGAAAGUGCUGCAGCAACCAUUUUUCACAACUGAUCUUGUUUCAAAGCUGGUUAAGGAAUGUGAAAACACCAUAGAUGAAGUCUUCCCAGCAGAGGAAGAAGAAAGGACAAAGGAACGAAGAGAGGCAAUAACGAUAGAAGGGAAAGGGAUAUUUAGGAAUACAGUUGCAGCUCUAUUGACCAUGCAAGAAAUUAGAAGAAGCAGCUCCACUUACGACCACUUUUCUCUGCCUCCUCUCAACUUGCCCGACUCCGAUCUCAUACACUCGUUCCACCUCACGUCUCCAAUCCCCAUUCCCUAAUGAGAAAACAGAAAAGGAAUUUAUGAAACAUGUUGCCAUGGAUUCAGAACACAUAAGUACACCUCGUACUUUUAUUAUAUAUGAUGUUCUUAUAAAGUUUUUUUCCUUUUUUUAGGAUACAAAUGCUGCAUCCUGCAGUCAGUUACCAAUACAUUUGCUUUGGGUGGUAUAAACAGAUUGAUAUGUUUAUGAUGAUUGAUCACUGCCUUCUUACAUCAAUUUCUAUAUAUAUAUUUUUUCAAAAUAUAUGCUUAAUUUCAAUUUUUUUUGUUCCUUAUAAAUUGUGAUCAGUUCAUGAAAACACCUAAUUGCAUAGGGUUUUAUUCAUAAUCUUUCACUCACAGAUAAAAAACCCCAAACAUAAAUAAUAAAACAAUUUAUUUUUGCUUCAAUUUUAGGUUCCUUAAAGAAACUUGAUUAUUUACAAGUGAUAGCCUCCCUUCAAUUUUAGUUCUCUCCAACCUUGUUAAUUUCAUUUUAUGUUAAAAAUUGCUAAAUUGCUUCUUUGAUAAAAGACACACAUUCUUGUGAUAGUAGCUUAAAUCUAACAUAAAAAUAAAAUGUUAGUUUUAUUAAAUAAAGUACACAUAUGAUAUAAUUUUAACAUAAAAAGGAAUUUUUGUAUAUAAUUAUGUUAAGGAUACAAAUGAUUCUACAUCUAAUAAUUAAAUAUUGGAUUAUAAAUUUAUAGGUAAUGAUCAUCAUUUUUUACAGAAGAUUUCUUUCAAAAUGGCAGGCUGGUUCUGAAUUAAGCCCAUAAUUAAAAGCGAAACCUGGCACCUGUAAGCCUGCGAGUGUUGAUUUUUUGUUGCAUCCUAUAAAAGUCGAGCCCAACUCAUGAAAAAUCAAAAUUCAAUUCCCAACAUGUCUGGUCGGGCUUGAUGUUCAUGUAGCCCGUGUACUAAAAACCAUGGCCCGGCCUUACAUCCAAUCUGUUCUGAUUUCUGACAC